AUGAACCUAGGAGACGCCGCCCAGUUUCUACCUCACCCCAAUCAACUCAUGCCGCAGCCCAAAGGUUCAUCGACAGAUUGUCCCAAAUGCCACAAAAAACGAAGGAAUGCAAGCUGCAGGAACAAUGCGUGCGCCGAGUGUUGCGAGCUGAUCGAUCAGUCAGCUGGCUGCCGCCCACACACGACACAGCGCAAUUGCAAAAUGAAGGACGGUCCUUACGGCGACGAGGGUCGCAAGGCCAAGGCAAAGGGUCCAACCGCCACAGACAAUUUGGACCCUGCCCUCCUCCCCGCUCCAGUACCUGUUGCCAGAAAUGGGCAGACUGUGGACGCCCAAUUUACCAACAGAAGCGGCUUCCGCCAUUUCCGCGAUGUCAACAUACAGGAUCAAGCCAACGAACGCAUCAACAAUGCAGCCGAAGAAACAGUCAACCAAACGAUAUCCAUCUUGUUCUGGGCCAGAAAGGGCCAGGAGGUAUGUCAUCCGUUGUCAUACGUUACUCACACGCCAGAUCUCUGGCGAGUACCUGCACCCUCUUGGCCGCGAUUCAGAUUGGACCAAUGUAGCUUGUUGGUGCAGUUGGCCGAAGCAACUUCCGGCCCUUUGUGGGAUCGAACUGUUCGUGUUUGGAAUGACAAGGAGCAAAGCUGGGCAUUGACUGCGGUCACUACCAUGGAAAAGUACCCAGUCGAAUUCCGCAAGGUUCUAGUGAUCCUACCAGGCACCAAACGAGAAUGCUGUGAAGACGCGCAAUACCACAUUGACUCUGUCACGACACGAUCCACAAAAGAACGUACCAAACUUUACCAGUACAUCACCCCUACGAACCCCGACUAUAAUGUUACAUUUGUAAACGGUAGCCCCACUCCAAUCAGGAUCAACAAGGGCAAGAACGCGCCUCAAAAUCGAAUCCUGUACUUGGACAACUACACCCCUUCCCAAUCAUCACAACAAGCACCUGAGCACGACAAUGAGGGAAUUAUGGAAAUUGAAGAAGACGGCCUCAAUAUGAUUCAAGAUGCUCCACAUCAAGAAGUGGCCAUGGACACCGACACCGCGCCUCCAAAGUCACCUUUGUUGGACGACCAAGAAGGAGGAUCAGAUACUACGCCUACGCCUGCGCCUCAACCCGAGGCAACUAAACCCAAGUGGCCUGAAGGCGUGACUAUGUCCGAUGCCAAGAAAAUGAUGGAUGCCAUGCUACCACCACUUAAUCUUACAAGUAGACAGGCUUGGAUUCGGACCUUUGCUCAUUCACACCGUGCAUAUUCAAAAACAACUGUCAACAACAAUCUAAGAUGGCUGAAUAGUGUAGACGCCGACCGAUUGAGUGCUUACAUUUCUACCAACGGACCGUCCUCCCUGAUAGAAACACAAAAGGUUUUUAAUGACGAGUGGAAAAAGAUCGACACCAGACGCAAAAACGAACAGGCGGACAAAGAACCAGACAACAACCAGCCCAACAAGAAGCGUAGGAUAGACUCAAUGGAAUGA